CGUCUCGCCGUGGCGUUGCUUUGAUAUCCACCGAGCGAUUUUUCAAGCUCAUGGCUCGGUUUGCUUGACAAGACGUGAACAAUUCGCAUGCUCUUCAGUGCAUACGGCAACCGCUCAUCCGACAUCUACGCCUGCCUCACCCUUGGCCUCACCAUCUCCGCCCGCGACCAGGAGGCCGCCGCCACCGCUACCUCGUCGCCCUCUGCCGCCACUACCUUCAACCUACACCUGGCUGUGGACAUCACCGGCGGCGCCGUGGGGGCGCACGACGAGGUGCCGCUGUGGGCCGCGCCGCCCAGGUCGGCAGUUAUGAAACCGCAUCCGCUGUGGCAAGAGCUGCUGCGCGCGCGUGCGGGUACCGCCACUGCGCCUGCUGCUGGUGGUAGGCUGCUGGUGGGCGCAACAAUGCAGCGCAGCCUCCGGGGCGUAUCAUUCAACGAAUCCAGUCGCUGAUGGCAAGCCGGUCUUUGCCUCUAUGUACUGUGUGUGUCCUUAGCAUGCGACAGGCGUGUGCGGUCAUACGAAACGCCCACCGGCUUCGGGCCGCUCCAGCAGUUGGCGCGGUAGGCAGGCGAUGGUGCGUUCCGCCACGGGGGACGAGCGAGGCAGCCGGGACAGCGAACGGGGACGCAGGCGCCAGCGCCAGGAGGCGAACGGCUCUAGCAGGCCACGGCCGCGCUUGCUUGGGGGCGUAGCCAGGUGGGUGGCGCGCUAGAUUGCGGUACGGGCACCUCCCUGAAGCAGUUGAUUCUUGUGUGUUGUGUUUUGGUGAACCCACGCAGUUGAUGGUUGACAAGUAAUUGAUGCUUAACAAGGGCUGACUGGCCGUUGUCUUCAAUACUCUUGCUCCAGGGAUGCGUACCUAUGUAUGGUAAAGCGGUUACACGGAUGUGGGCUAGUGAGGCGCGCCUGCUUUGCAGUUGAAAUUCGAGAGCUUACCUGCUCAUGCUAAUGUCUUUCUGGGUUCGAGAGUGGAUGAGGGGCAAUCUGGGUGGCCAGCUUGUUGCGGGCUCCUCAUCACGGUAUGACGUUUGUGUUGAAGGCGUUGCAGAAGCGCUAAGGUGUAGCCAUGUUAAUGACGCGGUGCCAGGCGCUCAUACGACGCUGGUUUUUAUCAUGAUGCAUAGUUACGGUUACAGCACAUGCAGGCCUGUGGGCCAGUGUGGGCUGUUGGCACAGGCCUGUCUUGUCGUGUGCAGGGUUGGCGCCGUGCAGGUGGCGCUGGGCGUGCGCGAUGCGUGGCACAGAAUCUUUGCGUAGAGCGCAGGUUCGCACGCGAGCGGUUGGUGUCCAGGAGUGUCCUUCCACGGGCUUCCAAGCCGGGAACGGAGUGCACUCCAGCCGAUGUGACAUAUGAAAGCUAGAUGCAGUCCAGAAUGCUAGGCCUUGGCUAUUCUGAAGGGGUGCGACCUGAAGACAUCCAUAGCGUGUCCAUCCACACCUUCACGACUCCAAAACACUUGGUCGUAACACGCAAGUCC